AUGAGUCGGGCUGUGGUGCUGGUCCAGCCACUGCUGCUGCUGCUGCUGUGGGCCGCGGAUGCCCAAGUCCUGGGGGAGAGGAUUGUGCGCUUGCGGCUGGCCAGCGGGCGUGCCAGUUGCCAAGAUGGAGGCUUUCUAGACUCCGACCAAUGCGGCAGCGCUGCGCCGCUGGGCGCGGAGCUGCGGCUGCCACGGGAUGUGCAGCAGUUUAGCGUCCGCCCCGCCGGCAGCGGCGGCGGCGGCGGCGGCAGCAGCGGCGCCACUGCAGUCAUCAUCCAGGCUGUGGGACGCACGGCGUGCGCCCGCCGCUACCUGGCAGCGCUGCAGUGCGGCCGCGCUGCUCCGGUGUUCCUGCCGGGCGAGGCGCCUCCUGAACAGUCGCUGGCACUGUGGGAACUUAGCACGGUCGGCAGCAGGCAGCGCAUACGCAGCCUGGCCUGCCCGACCCAAUACCUUAGCUUGAAGGCCAGCUGCGAGGACGGCCGCUCCCAGCUCUUGCCGCUGGGCGCGGAGGGCGCCCUGCAGGACUGGCUGCUCAUCCAGCCGGCCCCGGCCUCCGUCGCCGAAGCGGCGGCGGCGGCAGACGAUGCAGGCGAUGAGCCCGCGGCGUCGCGCUCGGUGCAGCGGCGGCGGCGCCGGCGCCUGCUCAGCGCGCCGCGGCUGUUGAUUGAGGGGGAGGGCGUGGGGCGCGGCAUGCCGGAGCUGCUGGGCGACGAGCCGUACUACCAGCAGGAGGCAGGUCAUGAGCCCUAUGCUCCUGCCGCCUAUUACUAUGCCCCACACAACCCUGGCUACGAGCCCGUAGACGCAGAGGGCCACCCCCUGCUGGUGCCCAGGCUGCUCAUCGCGGCGGCCGCAAGCGCGCCGGGAGCAGGGCCGGCAGCGGCGCCGGGCGCGGCACCGGGCGCAGCACCGGGCACGGCGCCGGCAGCGGCACCGGCCGCCGCCGAGGCCGCGGCCGCCGCCGCCCCCGCCGCGCCCUCCUCCCCGCCCGCCCUGGCCGCCGCCAUCCCCGCCGCAGCCUCCCAAGCCUCCCCGACCCCCACCAAAGCCUCCGUCACCGCCCAGCCCCAGGCCGCCCCCGCGGCCUCCGCCCUCGCCGCCCUCGCCGCCGCCCAGGCCCAAGCCGCCGCCCAGGCCGAGCCCGCCGCCCAAGCCUCCUCCGCCCUUCAAGCCGCCGCCACGGCCCAAGCCUUCACCCCGGCCGCCGCCGCCUUUCAAGUCGCCGCCGCCGGUGAAGCCGCCCCCUCCCUUCCGCCCGCCGCCCAACCCGCCGCCCUCUCCCAGGCCGCCGCCGCCCACCAAGCCGCCACCUCCGUUCAAGCCGCCGCCGCCCAUCAAGUCGCCGCCGCCGGUGAAGCCGCCGCCGCCGUUCAGGCCGCCGCCAAAGCCGCCGCCGUCCCCUCGCCCGCCACCCCCCUUCAAGUCGCCGCCGCCAACCAAGCCGCCCCCGCGCGUGCGCUCGCCGCCAAAUCCAAAGCCACCACCCCCCACGCGCUCGCCACCCCCGCCACCAAAGCCCUCCAAGCCGCCGCCCCCAAUCAAGUCGCCGCCGCCAGCGCGGCCCCCGCCUCCACGCCGCCCGCCGCCUCCACGCCGCCCGCCGCCCAAGCGGCCGCCGCCAGGGAAGCGGCCCCCACCUCCUCGGCGCCCUCCUCCCAAGAGGCCCCCACCAGCCAAGCGCCCGCCCCCGCCACGGCGGCCUCCCCCCAAGCGCCCGCCACCCAGGCGCCCCCCGCCUCCAGUCAAGCGCCGGCCUCCGCCCAAGCGCCCGCCUCCCAGGCGGCCGCCGCCCAGACGGCCGCCGCCUCCCGUCAAGCGCCGGCCGCCUCCACGGCGGCCGCCGCCCAAGCGGCCUCCCCCGGUGAAACGUCCGCCCCCCAGGCGCCCACCCCCCAGAGUGUUUUCCCACUCCCCUCCACCGCCGCCAUGGUGCUGUCUCAGGAGGUUAGUGUCAGUCUCUCCAUCAUCGCGCUGGUGGGGCUGAUGGGCGCGGGCGUCGCCGUGGGAAGCGGCGUGGGCAUGAUGACCAUGGCGGCCGCCGAGGAGGCCAAGAAGCAGGAGAGCGCCGCCCCGGGUGUGGUGGCGCACUCGCCGCUGGAGAGGGUCGUCAUCUCCCGCGGCUUUGCCGCCUCCGUGCUCAACCACUAG